AUGGUUGCACCAAGCACAUCAUCAGGUAUUCCGAACCAGAUAGCUGGUGCUACUGGCGGUGCUGGCGUCAAUACCGCUGGACCUGCAGUCGACAUCUCUUCGCAGCCGUACGCAAAGCGGGUACAAGCACUCAUAAAACUUAUAACUGAUCUCCGAGCUCUUGGUGCUCAAGCGGAUGUCGAUUUGCCACGUAUUGCUGUCAUAGGGAAUCAAUCUGCUGGCAAGAGUUCACUUGUUGAGGCAAUGACCAAGAUAACUGUUCCUCGCUCUCAAGGAACCUGCACAAGAUGUCCCAUGGAGUGUCGGUUGUCGAACUCAUCUGAGCCCUUUAAAUGCCAAAUAUCUCUUCGCAUUGAAGAGGAUGAGUUUGGUAUGCGUGUCGAUAAAGUUAAGGAAACGAAAUUUGGUACCGUUCUGCAUGACAAAAGUCAACUGGAGGUCAUGUUGCGUAGAGCGCAACUUGCAAUUCUUAAUCCCAGCGUAUCGAAAGAGAAAUUCGUCGACCUCAACAUUGAAGCCCUGGAUCCUGAUGAACCUCCUUUGGAUUCUACACGUCAGCUGCAGUUCUCUGCGAAUGUUGUAUGCUUGGACAUCUCCAGUCCGGAUGUCACAAACUUGUCGUUUAUAGAUCUUCCAGGAAUUAUCUCUAACGUUGCAGACGGCGAAGACCCUAGAAGUAUCGAUCUAAUUCAAAACCUUGUUAGAGACAACAUCUCUGGAAAUGCACUUAUUCUUCUUGCAAUAACAAUGCGAGAUGAUAUUCAGAACCAAAAGGCUGCCCUUCUUGCUAAAGAAGCAGACCCAAAUGGUGAGCGCACGAUUGGUGUGCUCACAAAGCCCGAUACACUACAGAAUGGAGAAUAUGAUCAAUGGCUUGAUGUUCUCACAGGCAGAAAGCAUCAACUUACUCACGGGUACUAUGUGACGAAGCAGGCAAGCCCUCUCGAAUUGCAGGAGCGGCCGACAUACGAAGAGGGUAGGGAGCGCGAAAGGACAUUUUUUGCUACACAGUCACCGUGGCGCGACCAGGCUCCCAGGGUGCGUGAGCGCUUGGGAGUCCCAAAUCUAACAAUGCGGCUCAGCACUCUCCUGAGCCAACUGAUCGAAAAAACAAUUCCAAAACUCAAGAUAGAUUCACGUUCAUCGCUAAACUUAACAUUGAAGGAACUAAACAACCUUCCCCCGCCUCCGUCUGCAGACCCUACGUCAGAACUCCUAAAGUUGGUUGUGGAGUUUAAUUCAAAUUUGCACAGUCACGUCCGAGGUCUCUCUGGAGAUAUUAUUCAGAGAAUUCGUCCGGCGUACGAGUCAUUUAUGAAAGAUACACUUUCUACAAAACCGAACUUCGUACCAUUCCUCGAGAUAGAACAAACUAAGGACACCUUCGACUGUUUGAGUCCUUCGAAAACAACGUCCCCUGUCCUGUCGAAGGCAGCGUCUAACGCCAAAUCGAAUUCAAGCAAAAAUGCAAGCACAUCUGCAACGUACAAGUCCGGCCUACCCUCCGAACCUACCACCCAAGACGACAGUGAGUUCGACGUUGAUUCCGUGCAAGAAGCCGUAUAUCUCGAUGAUGUACGAAACCGUAUUCAUGACUCUAAAUCGCGUGAACUACCCUUCAACGUGCCCUACAAAGUGAAAGUGGGAUAUAUCACUGAAUGUGUCACUGACUGGAAAUUUCAUGCGCGAACUUGUUUCGAGAAGGUUUUUCAUGUAUAUCAAGAGUACUUGGAACACCUUGUAUCCAAGCAAUUCGGAGGAUACUCAAGCGGUGGACUUCAUGAACGUGUUAGGAGCAUAGUCGAGGACGAACUAGAGCGCACAAAGGCAAUUACACUUGCACGAAUUGACUGGCUUCUUGAACUGGAAGAAGACCCAUUCACUCUAAACGAGCAUUACCUAUCUAGCUGUCGGGACAAGUAUCUCAAACAGUACUACGAGCAGCGUCAGGCAGAAAAGGGGAAUUCUAGCGCAGAUUCCGAACAGAUACAAAGCAUUCUGGCAGGCCUUGCAAGAAUUGGCAAGCAUUGUCGUGCAGAAGAUCUCGCAAGAUUAAAUGGACCCGAUGAGUAUGAGCAAGAGCUCGAGAUGAUGGCCGAAGUCACUGCAUAUUUUCGUGUUGCAUAUAAGCGUAUAAUAGACAACUUGCCACGGGUAAUUGAUGUCGACUUCUUGAAAGGCCUUCAGAAAUGCAUGCAUGAAGCUUUGAUUAGGGGAUUGCGGAUGAGCGAAGAAGACAGCAAAGAGACAGCGGGUCGUCUUCUCAGUGAGGACCCAAAUAUCACAUUGCGACGCGCCGGUCUCGAACAGGUCAAGGAGCGGCUUGAAGGAAUUUGCACAAAGUUAAGCAAUUUCGCAAUGCUGGGGCAGUACUAG